AGGAUUGGUCAAUUAUUCCUUUAGCCAUAGAUCAUAAUCUAAAUCUACUGCUUUUUUUGGCUCCUCCGAAUUCAGGAUGCCCAACCUCCCUUCGGAGCCUGACCUGAGUGAUUGCGGUCCAAUAAAGCGGGGUGAGUAACGACUACCCAUCCCGCUGUCGUCACCCCCUGUUCAACAAUUUUAUCAGACAAAAUUAUUAUGACUGAACAACUCAGAUUUAAUUUCCUAAACGACUCAAACCAAAUAUACCGCACAAUUGUCGACUUGGAUUAUUAAUCCACGCCCCCCCCCAAUGUUUCGACAUGAUCGCGUGUGUAUGACGCUAUGUUUAAUUUUAGCUGCAGGCCUGCGGCACGGCAAAACAAUGCGCGCUCUUAUCGUUCACUUAUGUUUGUAUCCCUUCCGCUGCUAAACCUCGUUUCUGGUUAUAUUUAUGGCUAUUUCCCAUACAUCCGCUGAAAGCCACGAUUCAUUACCGAUGCUGAAGAAAGAUAGUGAGAGCGGAGAACCGCUCAUGGCCGCCGCCAACACAUACCCCAGCUCGGUCAGACUGGCCCAGACCCCCAAGGUUGGGCUGGUGGCAAGCUUGGCCAAACCCAGACGGCCCCACAUGAAGCGCAACGUGUCGCUGAAACUUGUAUUCUCCGUAGAUGACGGUGAGGACGAGGUGGUCCACGAAAUGGAGCGCGAGUACCUCGAAGGAUACUCGGAUGCGCUCAAGUUCAGGCUCAAGCUGAGAGUAACCACCCCCAGCAAAACUAGUUUGGAAGUUCCAGGCUCCCCAAACGUUCGUCAGAGGAUCACAUCAUCACCGUUACUCCGCAAAACAGAUGAGUCUGCGCCCAACACACUCAGAAAGCGUCCCGCCGAGCUUGAAUCGAGCAUUAUCGAGAAUCUUCGCACGGCGGAGCUGAAUCUCCGCCUUUUGGAGUUUAUCGAGGACUCUUCUGCGACCCAUUCGCCGCGCGAGUCCCCUGGGCACGGGUCGCCACCGCGCCGGGACUCGGUCGAUAACUUUGAGGAGCUCAUCCUUGAACACGAAAUUUCGCGCGAGACAAAGACCCCCAGCGACUCCUCCUCAACCAACUCCAUGGAGUCCAUGACCCUUCGCGAGAGACAGAACGCAAUCAACAAGACCCACCCGUUCGGGAUCAAGAUCUGGAAACCGUCGUUGUACAAGAAGAAGCGGUCGGUGGAACAGGCGGCAGAGGACGAUAUCCACGAGCAGAACCAAUUGAACAUUACGUGGGGGGUAUAUCUAACCAACCUCAUCUGGUCGCUUUCCUUCGGCGUUCUCCUCUUUCUUGCGUGCUGUCUCGGUGCCUUGUUCAACCUCGGGUUAUCGCUCGCCGGAACCGUGUCCAACCUCGACUACUGUCGCCUCUGGUUCGACCUCGGCCUAUUCUUGUGGUUUCCCUUCGGAAAGUACGUGCUCUUAACCAAGGACGAGAACUACAUCCACGAAGACGUGUAUGACGGAAGGUCUGUCAGUGAAUUCCGCAAGUGGCGCAGCGAGGAGGAGGGAAGAUUGUUCUUCAUUCCGCUGCGCCGCUCGGAAGUCCAACCAUUGCUCGGUGAUAUUGCGGAGGGCUCCUCAAAUCGCCGGGAGAGCAUCAGUCACGACGAAGAUGCGGUCAAGAAGCGUUUCUUUGGUCGCGGGGACUGGAACCUCAGCCGGAUCGUGUUCUACGCCUAUUUCUACCUCUUGUUUCAGCCGCUCAUGUACUUUGUCAGCAUUGUCUGCUGGAUGUUUGUGUUCACCAUCCCCAUGGGCAAGAUCCUCAACCUCCUCACCGGGCAUCUCCGCCGCCAUCCGUUGGCGCUCUCCUUCCCGAAGGAACGCAAUAUGAACGACGAGCAGAUUCAGCAAAAGAAGGCCAUUCUCGUGUGCACCUACAGGGUUGCGGGCCUCCGCUACUACAAGUACACCGUCGACGGGACCAACAUCUUCUUUAUCAACCUCAUGUCAUCGGUACUCUUUGUCAUCUUUGACUACUACGUGCUCCGUGAGGCGUUUGGCUGGCGCACCUGGUACACCGACGACUUCUUCAUCUUCGGGCUCUGUCUCUUCUCUAUCAUUCCGCUCGCGUACUUUAUCGGCCAGGCCGUGGCGUCCAUCUCGGCGCAGUCCUCGAUGGGCCUCGGUGCGGUGAUCAACGCGUUUUUCUCUACCGUAGUGGAGAUCUUCCUCUACUGUGUGUCGCUCGACCAGAACAAGGCCAAGCUCGUGGAGGGCUCAAUGAUCGGGUCCAUCCUCGCCGCCGUGCUUCUUCUUCCGGGCUUGUCCAUGUGUGGUGGUGCUAUCAAGCGAAAGACCCAACGGUAUAACCCAAAGUCCGCGGGCGUAUCCUCCACCAUGCUCCUGUUUGCGAUCAUUGUGAUGUUUGUGCCCUCCAUGUUCCACCAAAUGUAUGGCUCCUACGAAAUUCAAUGCAUCGACUGUGAAACCACCUCGCUCUUGUCCCAGCUUUCGGCGAUGGGGGAGAAGGCCAUCCGGGACUGCAAGAAAUGCCACUUUCUUCAACCCCCGUUGGUGCUCGACCUGUUGUACACGGACUUCCUCAGACCCUUUUCGGUUUUCUGUGCCGUGACGUUGUUUAUCGUCUACGGUAUCGGUCUUUGGUUUACACUCCGGACCCAUGCCGCCAUGAUCUGGGCUAGCCAGAUCCAGGCCCCUGCUCCAAUCCAUCACCAUACCACGCCCUCGGUGCUCUCUCUUGAUCACCCCACCCCUGUCGCUGCUUCCACGGGCGUAAACCCUAGUUCGGUGGCCACAGGCACAAACCAGGUCCCUAGUGCUAACCCCGUCACACGGGUCAGAGCUCCUCAGAAGCCCUCGCCAGCGCACACGCCAGUACUUGCCCCGGUCACCACCGAAGAGGCAGGAGGGCACGAGGGUCCCAACUGGUCUAAGCAAAAGUCCACAAUCAUCCUUUUGGGCGCCACCAUCUUGUACGCAGUCAUUGCAGAGAUCUUGGUCGACACUGUGGACGUGGUGCUUCACCGUUUUCCGAUCAACCCCAAGUUCUUGGGGCUUACGGUGUUUGCAUUGGUGCCGAACACUACCGAAUUCCUCAACGCCAUUUCCUUUGCCAUCAACGGGAACGUGGCGCUUUCAAUGGAGAUUGGUUCUGCCUACGCCUUGCAGGUGGUGCUUAUCCAGAUUCCCGUGCUUAUCAUCUACACGGUGGUGCGCGACUUCAAAAAUGUCAGCAGCAUGUUCACCCUCGUGUUUCCGAAGUGGGACUUGAUCGCCACCAUCAUGUCGGUGUACUUGUUCACGUACGUCUACGCCGAGGGUAAGUCUAACUACUUUAAGGGCUGCAUCUUGAUCCUUACCUACUUUAUCAUCAUGUUGGGCUUCUGGUACAACGACAAGAUCGAAGAGUCCGGUAUAUUCCACCGCCUGUUUAUGCUUAUGUGAAGGCCUAGCCAACGGUGCAUGUGUAGGGCAGGGGUUGUAUAAUAAAUGUAUUUAUAGUUGUGAGGCGAGGGGACAUAAUGUUUUAUAAGCCAGUGCGCUUGUUUGCAAGUUGCUGUUUCUAGACGCUCCCGACGGUAUUUGCCAAUCGACAAUCCCUUGGCAAAAAUUAUCGCUCAAAGUCUAUUGGGUAGAGAUUUCGAGCUUGUACGACAGUUACGGGACUUAUCUGCUUAUAUGAGACUGGGAUGUGACCUCCAGAGAGAGCAACCUUGGCUCUGGGUGAUACAAGCUGCCAAAAGGAUUGUCGUUUAAUUUCAAGCGGCUGAUUUUCCUUGGAAGCUAUUAUACCCCUAUUAGUAUAGAACUGGGCUUGUUGCAUAAAGCUCCUGGCCUUUCCGAGAAUCGUUUCGAAGAUGUCAUGCGGGCAGUAACUUGGACUAGACGUUAAAUUGAAUAACCAAAUUCAGUGGC